AUGACCGAAGGAUUCAAGCUAUACCACUACAACCCCUCAUCUGGGGCAGCUAUUCCAUUUGCAGCUAUUUUUGGCCUGAGCACAGUGGUACAUUUGUGGCAAUUAGGUCGAAAUAAAUCGUGGUACUUCAUACCAUUUCUUAUCGGUGGCCUCUUUGAGGCAUGCGGAUACGUCGCGAGGUUCGUCAGUGCAGAAGAAAGCCCGAAUUGGACGACCAAACCAUAUAUAGCACAAAGCCUGAUGCUUCUGUUGGCACCCGCCUUCUUCGCAGCCUCUAUAUACAUGAUUCUUGGACGUAUCAUUCAUCUUUUGAACGGGGCUUCGUGUUCGCUGGUGAGACCAUCAUGGUUGACUAAGAUAUUUGUGGCGGGUGACGUGCUGUCGUUCUUUAUCCAGAGUGGAGGUGGUGGCAUUCUUGCUACAGCGAAAGACAAGUCGAAGGUCAACCUGGGAAACAACAUGAUUGUUGUAGGACUCUUCGUGCAGAUCUUAUUUUUCGGAUUCUUCAUCGUCGUCUCCUUUGUUUUCCACCGCCGUAUGCUUGCCACGCCAUCGUAUGUCGUGGGAGACACCAGGGUUCCUUGGACACGUUACAUGAAGGUUCUCUAUAUUGCUAGCACCCUCGUCAUGAUCCGGUCCAUUUACCGAGUGGCGGAAUAUGCCCAAGGAAGCGAUGGAUAUCUUCAAAGCAAAGAGUUCUUCAUUUAUGUGUUUGACGCGACGUUAAUGCUGAUUUGUUGCCUGCUCUUUAACAUCUUCCAUCCAAGCAAAAUCCUGACCCGAACCUACAAGAUAGAGGAAGAAGUCGACUUGGAGAUGUUGAACCAGGAUGGUUAUACUGGAUACGGGCGCACUGGGGAUAACAACCUCUCGUAA